AUGACGGUCAUUAUUGCCUCAUUAUUCCUACCCCAUCAGCCACAAUUCAUAGUUGACUCAUUCUCAGAUGCUGCUGCGAAUUUGGCAAACUCAGAUCUUGUCAAGAUCAAGGAACCAAUAGUUCCUACCCCUACUGCUGCCGCAAUUCCUGAGGAACCAGCCUCAAGGAGAUCUGUACAUCGUUCUAGUAUCUCACAGAUUCCAAAUCGCCAAGACUCAAUUAUAUCUUUGGGGAAUUCUAAUCGGUCAAACUCUAGCUCAAGUGCUUCUAAUAAUAGUGGCACUACUGUCGUAGGAUCAUCUGCUAGUGAUAAUUCCACAGAUGAAGUAAUUUCUUCAGAAGCCUUUAUUGAGAAUUUGACUACUGGUAUUCCAAGUAAUAACAGCUAUUCAACCUCUGGUGCUUCUAAUGAAACUAUAAUUACAGAUGGUAAUGAUUCUUCAAUGGCAAAGGAGAAAGCUGUGAUUACCCCUCGUUCAAAGACAUUGUUAGAUAUCAAAGAUCCAGCACAGGCUGCAUUACAGCAUGGUUCAAAGCUAUCUUUCCCAUCCAUGAGACGGUCAAGUCAAGUGGUUAAUAAUCAUGAUCGCGCAAGUCUUUUAAAACCUGCUGAAGUCUUUGCUCAUUUACCAUGGCAAAUUGUUAAAGGUAGUAAAGGUAAUAUAGGUAUGUUCAAUGCUGUGGAAACAGCACUUGAAGAAGAAUUAAUUUGUGACCAAAAGACAAACGAUAUUAUUCCAGUUUCUUGGGUUGGAACAGUAGGUGUGCCGACAGAUGAAUUGCCAAAUAAUGUGGUUGAUGAUAUUGUUAAAAGAUUAAGAACCCAUUAUAAUUCAAAUGCAGUCAUUACCGAUGAUAUCACUUUUAAAGGUGCCUAUAAGAAUUUUUGUAAACAAAUCCUUUGGCCCACUUUACAUUAUCAAAUUCCUGAUAAUCCGAAUUCAAAAGCUUUUGAAGAUCAUUCUUGGAAUCAUUAUCAAAAAUUAAACCAACAAUUUGCCAAUGUCAUUAUAAAGAAUUAUAAAAAUGGUGAUACUAUUUGGAUUCAUGAUUAUCAUCUGAUGUUGGUUCCUGGAAUGAUAAGAGAAAAAUUGCCUGAUGCCAAGAUUGGUUUCUUCUUACAUGUUUCAUUUCCAAGUAGUGAAGUCUUUAGAUGUUUUGCUCAAAGAGAAUUGUUAUUGAAGGGGAUUUGUGGUUCUAAUUCAGUAGGAUUUCAAACUAAAGAGUAUUCCAGACACUUCUUACAAACCUGUAAUAGAUUAUUAAUGGCCGAUAUUAUUAAUGACGGUGUUAAAUAUAAUGGUAAAAUGGUUAGAGUCAAUUCUACACCAAUUGGGAUUGACCUAUUUAAAUUGGAUAAACAAAUUAAAUCCAAACAAACUUCUGACUUCAGAAAAAUUAUUAGACAGAGAUGGAAGGAUAAAAAAUUGAUUGUAUCAAGGGAUCAUUUAGAUCCUAUUCGUGGUAUUGAUAAGAAGCUAUUGGCAUUUGAACGAUUUUUAAUAGAAAAUCCAGAAUAUAGGGAAAAAGUUGUUUUAAUUCAAAUUUGUAUUGGUGGUAAUAAGACUACUAGAAAUGAUUAUAUUGAAAGAAAAGUCACUAUAAUUGCAGACCGUAUUAAUUCGUUAUCAUCAAAUAAUAUUAGUGAUUUUUCCACUCAACAUGUUGUAUUUUUGCAUCAAGAAAUUGAUAGAAAUCAAUAUCUAGCUUUAGCUUGUGAAGCAGAUAUUUUCUUAAUAUCUGCCUUUAGAGAGGGAAUGAAUUUGACUUGUCAUGAUUUUGUGACUUGUUCAAUGGAUAAAAAGGCACCUCUAUUGUUAUCUGAAUUUACUGGAAGUGCAGAUCUGUUAAAAGGAGGUGCUGUUUUAAUAAAUCCUUGGGAUAUUAAACACCAAGCCGAAUCUAUAAAAUAUGCAUUGGAAAUGUCAACUCCAGAAAAAAUUAGAAAUUGGAAAAGUAUGGCAAAGGCUGUAGUAAAUAAUGAUUCGGAUCACUGGGUAAUUAAAUCUUUACAAGGUAUAAAUGAGGCAUGGGAGGCUUAUAAAGAAAGUUCCACUGUCACUAGCGUUUCAAUCCCACAGAUUAUUGCUGAUUAUAAGCAUUCUUCAAAUCGUCUCUUUAUUCUAAAAGUAUCUACUCCACCAACUUCCAGAUUAAUUUCUGCUUUAACAGAUUUGAUAUCUGCGAGAAAUUAUGUUUAUAUCCUAUCUCAUUUUUCCAAAUCAGUUUUUGAAGGUUUAUACUCACGUGUAUCCAAUAUUGGUUUAAUUGCUGAAAAUGGUGCAUAUGUAAAACUAAACAACGGUUCUGCUGGUUGGUAUAAUAUUGUUGAGCAUACUUAUUGGAUUAAUCAAGUUUGUAAGACUUUAGAUGCAAAAAUUGAAAGAUUGCCUGGUGCAUACUAUAAAAUAGCAGACUCAAUGGUCAGAUUCCAUACUGAAAACGCAGAAGAUAAAGACCGUGUUUCAAGUGUGGUUGGGGAAACUAUCACUCAUAUUAAUACUUUGUUCGGCUCGAAAGGUGUUCAUGCUUAUUUACAUAAAGGUAUUUUAUUUGUCCAACAAACCGGUUUAUCAAUAGAUGCUAUUCAAUUUAUUUUAAGAUAUUAUAGUGCCACAACUUCAGGUUCUAAUUCUGAAUUAAGUAUAGAUCAAAAAGUUGAACCUUCUAUUCCGAUAUCACCUGUAAAACAGCCAAAUUCAUAUUUCAAUAAACAUAAUUUCCCAGAUCAAGCCAUUGAUUUCGCAUUAGUAUCAGGAUCAUCAUCUCCAGUGGUUGAACCACUAUUUGGCGUAAUUAAUACUGAAGUCAAUAAUUCUUCUUUGAAAUUUGGUCAUUCGAUAGUUUAUGGCAAUACACUAGCUUCGUUAGCCAAUGAACAUGUAGAUGGUGCCAAUGAAUUGAUCAAUGUAUUAGAGAUGAUCUCUAGCGAUGAUUCAAAAGAAACUUAG